AUGUUAGGCACUUCAGGCAUAUCUACAGGCCUCACACAUGGCAAAGCUGCUGGGAAGGGCAGCGUCAGAGGCAGUGGCAAGCUUGGCUUUGAGCCAGCACGCGACGACGACAGGCGGCCCGACUAUGCGAAUAAGACUGGCUUGCUGCCCAGCAAUAGCAACACCAUCGUCGAGGGAGUGACGACCUUUGUCAUAGCCAGCUCGCUCACAAAGAUGCCCAAGUGA